AUGAACAACACCAAUAGUAGUAAUGGCAACACCAAUAUCAAUGUCAACAUUUCUGAGAGACCUAAAAUACCGACAGAUUCAUUCAGCCUGACCAGACCAUUAGUAUAUCCUCAUUCAAGUGGGCAUAUGAUCACGUCGCCUGCAGAAUCACCCAUACAAUCCAUUGGACAUGGUAUGUAUAUCCCUCCCUUAGGUUUGCCGCCACAGGCGUUACAGCCAAAAACACAUAAUGGUCAGCAGGUUUUCCAGGAACAACUCCAUAGCUUACAACAGCAGCAACAGCAUUAUCAACAGCAUAUCCAACAGCAUAUCCAACAUCCUCAGCAUCCUUUACAUGCUCCGCAUCCUCCACGUCAGCAUCAUUUAGCGGAACAUCCCGUGAAUCAGCGCCCGUUUAGUUCUAUUAACGGCCAACCUCUACAAAUUAUGCACGAUUCUAAAAAGAAGAGGGGCCGCCCGAAGAAAUUAAUUCUUGAUCCGCAUACAAAUCAGUAUAUUGACUCAACGCAUCCUAAUUUCAAACAACUAAAUAAAUUGGUCAAGUCAUCGUCUACAGUAUCAUCCACGCCAUCUAUUGUUUCACAGAAUGCUCUAGCAUCCGACGCUGAUGGCGGAAUAACCAAAUUAUACGACCAACCAACUUCCAUGCGUACCUUAGAGGAUGAGGCCGUACAGCAGCUUCUUCAGAAAAAAGAUAGAAGAGGUAGACCACGAAAGUUCCCAAUUGAGGAAACAGGUUUGACCAUUAAAGGCAUAAGGGUGAAUGGGACUGUUAAGCAACGAAAGAAGAAAGAUACUGAAAUAUACCAUUCAAACGGCCAGAGAAUUGCGAAGAGAGAAAGAGGACGACCAAGAAAAACGCUGAUUUCUCCUGCAUCUCCUAUCUCAGAUUCAGGUUCUUCUAUUCUGAGUGUAACAUCUGUACCAUAUUUACCACCGCCCCAUUUAGAAGGAAGAGAUUACAGGCCUCAGGCCACAUAUCAUUCACAAAUUCAUCCGCUUCCAGGUGAUAAUACUCAGCUCAACGGCCCUUCAUCAACUAAUAAUAGCAAUAUGUAUUCUAUGAGUAGGGAUCCUAACUUAUCAUAG